AUGGCACCGAAAACUGACAAAGAGAACCCAGCUCCAACAUUCGUUCCUGGUGCUGGUGCAGGAGCCACUUCGUUAUGCUGGGCAGAAAGCAACAGCAAAUAUAUCAAUCGCGAGCACCAAUGCCUUGGAGAUUCUAACAUGAGCCAUUGCCAAAAAAAUUCAGAAUUGCUCGAAGACUUCCUCGUCUUCAAUGCAAGUGUUAAUGAUGCGUUCAGCCCCUCUACUCUUGUCGCAACAAAAAAGGGAAGAACAAAAAUGGGAGCAACAUUGUCCAAUAAGGAUAAGAAGAGGGAAAAAGGGUAG